AUGAUGCUUGCAAACUGCUUCCAAAGACACGACGAGAGCGUUUCGGAUUUUACUACAAGACUACGAAUACUAGCAGCCAGAGUUUUAGAAGAAGACUUAGAAGGAGCAACAAUCGAAGGACAGCUAGGUAUCAAGAAGAAAAACAAAGAACUAGUACUUAACCAAUUUAAACUAGGGCUCAGAAGAGAUGUAAUGAAAGAAACAGGCGUUCUACUGUUAAAGGAGCCAAAUUUAGAUUUGGAAAAAGCAGAGGAAAUAGUAGCACUACAGGAGAUGAAUUUAAUGAUGACUCAAGGAAGAGCAAACACAGCCAGAGUAUCAGCCAUAAGAGAAGAACAAAGAUGCCACUACUGUAACAAAACAGGGCAUCUCAUAAGAGACUGCAGAACGAAGAAAAGGGAACAAUCGUCACAGGAAGUCAAAUCCAAGAUAGACACAGGCGGCGCUUUCUCAUUGAUAAGGAAAUCACUAAUACAAGAUAAAAAUAUAAACCCAGAAAUCACGCAAUCACUAUCGCUACGAGGGAUAACAGGACAUGAGAUAGAUAUAUACGGAACAACAUAUGUGGAUAUACAGACAACACCCAAAAGCAGGAAAACGAAAGCCAGAUUCAUAGUAUGUACCGACAUAACGCUAGGCGAAGUAUCAAUGUUAUUAGGUAGAGACUUUUUAGCAAACCACAAAGCAAUCAUAUCAUAUAAAGACGAACCGUCACUAAUAUUAUGGGGACAAUCAAUCCCAAUGUUAACAGCAGGAGAAGUAAUGGAAGUAAUGACGGUAAAGGCAUACGACAACAGCCACCAUACUACAAGACACGAAUGGAACAAAUGGUUAUCAGUAGUAAAAGAUUUCCUGGAAAAACAGCAUAUAAACGAUAUAAAAGAAGACAGUAAAAACUUACCUAUCGCAAACAUAGAAGAUACAGCAAGGAAGAGCAAACCAAAAAAGCAAGGUGAGACACAAAAGAAAUCCCAAUCGCCAAGAGUACCAACUAAACAGCAUACAACCCCCACAAAAACAUCGAAUAGGAGGAACAAAACGAAGAGGACAGAAAAAACGAGAAUAUUCACCCCGACAAACAAAAGAACGAAGCAAGGAAGAAUAAACGUCUUAAAACAAGAUACGAGAGAUAGGAGAAAAAGGCUAGACACAGUGGAAAACCCUCUAAAGAAAGGCGAAACAUCACAGCGCAAUCAGGAAGAAACAGUACACCAAAUCAUCGAAGAUACACAACGGGAAAAUGAUCAGUCAAAGGAAGAAGAAAAGGAACCUAUACAAAGCACGAGAUAA